AAAACCCAGGUGGCCCUCGAAUAUGUUUAUUGGUGCGCAAGUGAGAGCGAUUAUGAUAUUUUCUGGGUGAAUGGAAGUGGGGUGUUGAGAUUUUGGGAGGGGUUCAGGGCCAUUGGCCAGCAUGUUCAGAUUCCCGUAGCCAGCGCCGAGACGGAAGAAGAGGAGUUCCUGUUGAGUGUAAAAAGGUGGCUUGAAGGCCCAGACAGUGGCGAUUGGAUUCUGGUUAUUGACAACGCCGAAAACGAGGAGCACUUCACUGGGAACUACGGUCCCAUCUCUAAGUUUGUACCACAAGGUCCUAGAGGUACUGUAAUAUUUACGACCAGAUCUCGCCAGAUCGCAUUGCGCCAGGGGUGCGAAAGGAUUGAUGUGGGAAGAAUGGAGGAAAAUGAAGCACUAGCCUUGUUUGCGAAACACUACGGUAGCAGGGGGAGUUUGAGGGAUGGGGAGGAAGAAGCCGUUUCGAGGAUCUUAGCCUCGCUGGAUUACUUGCCGCUGGCUGUGGUAGGAUCCGCAGCUUUCAUGCUUGAGACCCAAACACCACCCUCCGACUACUGGACGAUUUUCCAGGAGAACGAUAAACGAAAGACUCAGCUACUGUCACAGCCGUUCAGCGAUAUCCGUCGCGACGUCGACAUCACAGAAAGUAUCUUGAGCACGUACUUCAUCACCUUUGACCGAAUUACGGAACAGAUGCCGACCGCUGGGCAUCUCCUACGGCUAAUUGCGUUCUUUGAUCGCCAAAAUAUCCCGGAGCAGCUCCUAAGAGAAUCUGGAGUUGGAGGGGUGGAUGAUCCAGUUGAAUUCCGUCGGUCUGUCGGAAAACUAUCGGGAUUCUCAUUGGUUACUUCUACCCACCAUGAAAACAAAACAUUUUAUGAGCUCCAUCGUUUAGUGCAGCUAUCGAUACAGGCCUAUUUAUCGCCGGAAGAGUUGAAUAAAUGGAGUGCCACCGCAUUAGGAGUGAUCUCCCGGAUAUUCCCAAAAUAUGAGCACGAGCUGCGGGAUAUCUGCAGUGAUUACCUUCCGCACGCGCUUGCAGUAACUAGUGGUAGAACGGAUGCUAUUGUGGAAGACCUUCAUUUUCGCAUGGCAGAGUGCUUUCUACAUUUCGGUUCCUACGGCAAUGCCGAGGAACAAAUCCGCCGAUGUAUCAGCCUCCGUGAACAGAAUAAAGAGCAUGGAUGGGAUAAGGGUCAUACAAGAUUCAUGCUACUAGCACGGGUAGGCGCUUGCCAAGGAAGGGCCAAGGAGGCCGAGAAGACACUUAAGAAUGCACUAGAGAGUCUCGAGACGUCUUUCGGCCCUGGCGACCCUGACACCCUACGGUGUUUAUCCUACCUGGCGAGUGUGAUGAGUGAUCUCGGAAAGUACGGUGAAUCAGAGAAGAUGAAUAGGCGUGCACUGGAGGCGCGCGGGAAGGUGCUUGGACCUGACCACCGGGACACCCUAACAAGUGCCAUUAACCUAGCUUUAGCGCUUCAGUACCAAGGGAAGUACAAGGAAUCAGAGGCGAUAAAUCGGCGGGCACUUGAGGGGCACCAGAGGGUUCAUGGACCAGACCAUCCCAACACUUUAACUAGUGUCAACACCCUGGCCGCGUUGCUGGAACUACAAGGAAAGCACAAUGAAUCAGAGAUGCUGAAUCGCCGUGCACUGAAGGCGCGUGACCAGAUUCUUGGAUCCAACCACCCAGAUACCCUAACAAGUGUCAACAACCUGGCUCUGGUGCUCCAACGCCAAGGAAAGUAUGAUGAAUCAGAGGCAGCGAAUCGGCAUGCACUGGAGGGGCGAAAGAAAAUUCUUGGACCAGACCACCCAGACACUCUGCUUAGCGUCAGCCACCUCGCUAUGGUGCUGUCUUAUCGAGAAAAGUACAAGGAAUCAGAGGAGAUGAAUCGGUAUGCACUGCAGGGACGCGAGAAGGUUCUUGGGCCAGAUCACCCAGACACUCUAAUCAGCGCAGGAAACCUAGCAGUUGUGCUGGAAUACGAAGAAAAGUACGAUGAAUCAGAGAAGAUGCAUCGGCGCGCGCUAGAGGGGCGCGAGAAAGUUCUUGGGCAAGACCACCCCAACACCCUGAUAAGUGUCAGCGGCUUGGCUAUUGUGCUGUGUAACCAAGGAAAGUACGAUGAAUCAGAGAAAAUGUAUCGCCUUGCACUCGAGGGACGCGAGAAGAUUCUAGGACCAGACCACCCCCAGACUCUAACAAGUCUCAGCAACCUGGCAUUUGUGUUACAAUACCAACGAAAGUACGAUUCAUCAGAGAGGAUGCAUCGGCGUGCCGUGGUGGGGCGUGAGAAG